AUGGAGAAUUUUCGGAAGAGCAGCAAGAAACUCGAAAAGAUUGGGCAGGGCUUCUGUGGGACCGUAUGGUCGGAAGAUGGUGGCGCGCUGGUCGUCAAACGGGCAGAUGGCGGCCCAGGGCGUUCGCUGCCAAACGAGAGUUACAUUCAUACUCAAGUCCUGUCAGCUUUAACUGAAUACAGCGCUGAGCAAACCCAUCUGAAAGAUGUACGAACCCAGGAUGACGAGAAUAAAUACGAGGAGAAGAAGUGCGAGAGCCUCUCUCGGAUCAAAGUCAAUAUCCCCCUCCACGUUGCUUUUUUGGAGCAGACUUCUGCCCUAUGGCCUAGCAUCCUACCCAGACUGCCGGAAGGCUUCACAGCAUGCGAAGCUUUAAUCAGCGAGAGAAUCCCGCCCAUGCCACUGCAUGUUCGUGAGCUUGUGGCUGGGCGAUACUGUCCGAGCCCGCAGCAGGCCACGCAGAUGGCUCGCGACAGGGCCAAUGCAAGCUGCCUUAUCCGCCCGUAUCUGGGCCGAAGGCGGCCGGCCCCAAACCAGCAAGGCGGUCCGAGGCAGAGAUUCUUUAGCCUUCGCAAUUUUCCUCUGCAUGCGGACCAGAUGCAGGAGCUUGGGCUUCCGGUGGACGACUAUGCCACGGCCAUGGCCGUCGGGCUUGCCUUUUUGCACUGGAUCGCCAGAGUCGACGCCGGUGACGUCGAGUACGUCCUGGCGCCCGCGCGAGGAGGGGCUGAGGCAAAGACCGCGCCAUUUAUCGGGGAUGUGUGUCUUGAUUCAGAGGCUUUUGGGCCGCACAGCAUGUGGAUCCUGGACUUUGACUGUUGCAGACGGCUGGAGAUGAGCGCGGCAGGGAUGCGCCGCGCGGCCAUGUGCUUCUGGAGGAACGAUCCGUUUUAUCCGCGUCCUGGUGCCAGGGAGGAGAGGGACCAAAAUAUGUGGGAGGCUUUUGAGGAGCGGUUUUUGAAGAUGAGUGAUGAUAUGUUGAGGGACGAGGGCGAGGGGGUGCGAGCGCUGCCGGGGAUUUUAAUGAGCACGAUUCGAGAUAAUCGGGACACUUGGACAAAGAGCGCGAUCAUGUAA